UGGGGGUGGGGGUGCUCAGGGUGGAGCAGGGCUCUACUACGAGGACUUUAGCCAAUUUGUUCCAAAGAACCACAGGGCAAGCAGGACAGUCAAACAGCGGCGACGGCAGCAGCAGCAAGAGAUGCUGAGCUAGAGGAGCCAGGACGUGGAUGAGAGAGAGAGAGAGCUUUCCCACUGACGGAUAACUCCACACUUUUUAUGGACAUUCCUGUGGGUGUGAGAGCUGGCUCCUAGGGCCCCGUGAUGGCAGCGGCUAAGGAUCCCCACCUGGGCCCCGGCCCUGAUCCGGACGACUCCGAAGUGUCCCUGGCUGGCAACAGUGAGGACUCGGGGAGUAUCUUGUCCGAGGACUCCAUCUUGCCAGACUAUGAGAGGGAGGAGCAGGCUGGAGGCCCCAUCAACACCCUGUACCAGGCCUGCGCCAAGAAUGCAGCCGCCUCCCUGCGCAGGAUCCUGGAGAGAGGGGUGACCCAGGAAGAGGUCAUGGAGCUGGACAUCAACGGCAGGAACGGCCUUAUGCUGGCUGUCUCCAAAGGCUUUGUGGACAUUGUCUAUGGACUAAACACCUGUCCCUUUAUUGACAUCAACCAUCAGGACAAUGAUGGCAACACAGCUAUCAUGAUCGCGGCCCAAGCAGGUUUUGUGACCAUUCAGAACUACAUCCUAAACUACUACCCUGGAGUGGAUAUUGAGCUGAGUGACAUGCGCGGCUUUCCAGCACUCAUCAAGGCGGCCAUGCAGGGCAACAAUGACUGUGUGGCCUCCUUAAUAAUGGCAGGUGCGGACUUAUAUGCCAUCGAUUCCAGGCGAGGAAAGGACGCUCUAGACUGGGCCCUUAAAACGGGCCGCUACGAGACCCUGCACCGCAUCCGGCGGCUGAACGCCAAACCCCGCGCCGAGCAGUUCUGCGGGACCUACGUCCCUGAGUGGCCAGAGCUCAAGGACCUGGUGGCCAAAGCCACCGCCAGCAAGAGCGCUGGCCAGAAGAUGGCACACAAGAUCAAGUCCACCUUCACCUUUAGCUUCCCCCAGGAUCCUCAGGACAAUGGCGUGAUGGACCACAUGGUGCGCAUGACCACGAGCAUGUACUGUCCGCUGGUGGCCACCGGCUGCCGCCCGCUCUGCCCCACCAGCCCGCCCGAGAUCGGCAAGCGGCGCAUGGCCGUGCCCGAGCUGGCGGAGAUGCACCCGGGCAAGCAGCUGGAGGAGCACAGCGUGCGCCACAGCAACGGCUCGGCGUCCUCGGCCUGCCCGUCCAUGGUCUCCACAUCCUCCAUCUCGCUGGCGUCCUGCUGCUCCGACGCGGAGCACAGGGGCAGCGUGAUCUCCAACGGCGUCAACAAGUUCAUCCCGCGGAGCAUGGCGCGCAGGAACAGUGUGUUCCCGGCCGGCUGCGUCCCCCAGAUCAAAGUCACCAAGUCCGGAGAGCCCACGCCCAAGAAAGAGAAGAAGAGGAAGAAGUCCAAGAGUCACCUGGAGCCUCCGAUCUGGAAGUACAAAGAAGCGAAGGAGGAGAGGAAGAAGGAGAAGAAGAAGUUGGAGAAGGAGAAGGAGGAGAAGGAGAAGGAGAAGGGGAAGGGAGAUAAGGGAGAUAAGGGUAAAGCAGGCAAAAAGAAAAAGUAAAUGGUCAGAAGCUUCUGCCAUGGUGUUGAGGGAAUGCUCAGAGGUUCCCUACUGGCAUUUGACUUAACACUUUUUUACCAACACGCAUGGUAUCAGGGUGGAAUUACUCCAACCUUGAUGAAUGGUCUCGGACAGCUAUGUUUGCUGCCCUGCACUCAUAUGUCCAGUAUUAUCUGGAAAUGGACUUGCAGUUGCACUGAUACUAACUUUCUUACAAUGGCACUGACUUUGCCUGGACUGUUUUGGAGAACAUCAGUAAAUGUUGGAAAAUAAUGUCUUCUGAUCUGAAAUUUAUGAGCCCACCUCCAAAGAAGUUUGUAAAUUCUUCUCACAUGGGCCUGUUUUGACCAUAUGCGUAUAGAGUAUGUCAUGUAUGUAACUAUGAAGUUGAUAUGAAGCUUUUGGCUCCCUUUUGAGCCACAGAAAGCUUGCUAGUCAUCAGUUUGUACAUAUUAUUUUAGGACAACAAAAAUGUCAGGAUUCACAUACUACCUGUCCAUUCUAACACGAGGAGGCAUUUGAAAGGGCUUUUGCCCAUCGCUGAUUGUGGAUUAACCAAUGGCUCCAUAUGGUGUCUACUAAUCACCCUCAGCUUGGUAGCACUAUGCGUGUUUCUGUGAGUGGAAUGAUGUUGAACACAGAGCUUUGCGAAUCAUUCCCAGUUCUGCUUAAGGGAAGCAGUGGUUUUACUAAUUCGUGUGUGUGUGUGUGUGUGUGUGUGUGUGUGUGUGUGUGUGUGUGUGUGUGUGUGUGUGUGUGUGUG